UGUAACCACUUCCUCAACUGGCAAGCAGAAUGCAGGAUGGCUCGUGUUGUACUUCUCUUUGCUGUUUGUGUGCUGCAUUCAUUGGAAACACAAGGGUCCAGUGAUGUGAGAACUGUGUUUGUGCAGAAAGGGAAGGAUUUACAUCUGGAUGUUAACAAACAUGUUGUUCUAGUAAAAAGAAGUGAAUUUAAGUGGACAGUCAACAACACUGACAGUGUAGUAAGAUUAUUUCCUAAUACCACAAAAAAAAUAAUUGACAGUUAUAAAGGAAGGGCUGAGUUUUCUCCACAAAAUCGCUCUUUGCUUUUGAAGAAUGUGCAACAAAGCGACAGUGGAGAUUACACUGCACUCAUAAUCGGGGACAAAGACCAACGUCUAGCUGAAUACAAGGUCAUAGUUCAAGAUCCAGUGUCUCCAGUCCAGCUGUCAGUGGACUCUGUGUCUAACAGCACAGACUCCUGUAACCUCACUGUGAGCUGCAGGACAGAGCACUCUCACAUCAACAGCACUUUUAGAUGUGACACCCAAGCCUGCAAUCAGGAGGGAGGACAGCAAUCAAAGGUCAAAACCUCUGGUUCUUCUCUCCGUGUCUACCUGUUGAGUGACGACAUCAUAUGUAACCAUAGCAACCAGGUCAACUGGACCAAAGACUUGAGGAAGAUUCGGACUCUCUGCUCUCGAGCUGCUGUUCCUAAUGGGAGCCUAACGAUAGGCAACUGGAUCGGGAUCAUAGUCGGUUGUUUGAUCGUUGGUCUUUGUCAGGGCCGCUGCUAACCAUUUGGAGGCCCUACGCAUAAUUGGUCAUGGGGGCCAAGUUUUCUCUUCUUCCGUUUUUCAGCUUUUUUUCAGAUAUUCAUGUUGUCUCUUACUUGCCAUUAUGCCUCAUUCAGGGGCGGAGCUAGACUCUCAGCACAGAGGGGGCAAAGCAUUCUCAAAGGGCCUUUCUAAAACAGUCAUUUUAAAAUGCGCAGCUGUAAAAUAGCUGACAUAUCCCAUUCAUAAUCACAAAUUGUUAUUGAGCCCUGCAAGCCUAUGUCUCAGGAAACAUACAGUGAAGCCACUUUGAGACAAGCUUGUUCUGAAGAACAAAAAAGAAAGCAGGCCGCUGCCAGCCACAUUCAAAUGUUUCAGCACUGAGGACAGCAUGUGAUGCUCUACAUACACCGACUGACGAACAGUUCAGCACCACCACCAAUAGAUAGCGACAAACCAGGUGCUCUGUCUCCGUACCAUGUCUUUCUAACACAGGAAUAACAUAAAUAUAAAAUAGACAUAGCGGUCUACAACAAUACAAGGCCUAUUCAAAUACAAAGUGGACAGUCUACAACACCACAGGCAGUGACACAGACAGGUGCUGAGAUGUGGUAAACAUGG